AGCGCAUAGUGAUAGCAAUGCGGCGACUUGUUUAUAUGCAAGUCUUUGGCCUCACGCUUCUUUAUCCUUAUGGCAUAUACAUCGCUUAUGUUUGUGUUUCCUGUUUGACUUCCGGAGAUUUGUUGGCUUUUGUGUGUUGUGUUUUCUGUCUGAAAGGGCGUGCGUUCAUGCACGAGCUCUGCAAACCGCACGCACCGUUACGGAAAAAGGGAGUGUCGGUGCAUAAAGCGGGACCAGACACCAGUAAAGGCUCCUAUGUGGAUAUUUCAUUAAAGUGUACUCUGGGUGUCCCUGAAUUGCUAUCGUGUUUCAAGGCCGUUCCAAAAUGAGUUGCACGGAUCAAGGUGAUGCCAAGAAGUUUCUCCGUAGUUUUUUGGAGGAGUUUCCGAACCCGCUGGGCACAGAAGACCCCCUUCCGGUCAGUCCACUCAGCCGUAAAGUGACUUUGCAUGAGGUGAAAGGAGAGAGUUUGGAUUUUGGUCUGCGACUCCUCUCAGCCAGGAACGCCCCCUCCUGGCUAAGUGCAGCGAUGUGUAAAGAAGCUGUCAAUGAAUUGCUUAAAGAUGACCUUUCACCUUACUACUGCUGCCCAGAUCCUGAACAGACACAGGAGGAUGAACGACAAGAACAAGAAGUUUUGUUACAGUCUGAGCCAUUGCAGCGUGUUUUUUUAAAUAAAUUGAGAGAGGUGGGUGUGGCCUGGCAAAAACAGAUGCCCAAUCCCGGAGCUUCGUCUUCAAAGAGCCACAGCUGUUCCGUACAUGCCAUUCGAAACACCCGCAGGAAGAUGGAGGACCGUCAUGUGAUCCUGAAAGAGUUUAACCAGCUUCUAGGGCUGCAGGAUAGUGUUGAUCGAGAGUAUUACGCUGUGUUUGAUGGUCACGGAGGGAUGGACGCUGCCACAUAUGCAGCCACUCACCUGCAUGUUGUACUGAGCCAGCAGGAGGCGCUAAAAAGUGAUGUUACCACUGCCUUCAAAAACUCCUUUACACAAACAGAUGACAUGUUCAAGUUAAAAGCCAAGAGAGAGCGUUUGCGCAGCGGCAGCACUGGCGUUGCACUUUUGCUGACUUCUGAUUGGCUCACCGUUGCCUGGCUGGGUGACUCUCAAGCUAUGUUGGUCAGACAGGGAGAACCGGUGACCCUAAUGGACCCGCACAAACCUGAGAGAGAGGAUGAGAAGAAAAGGAUUGAGGAUCUGGGUGGAUGCAUCGCUUUCAUGGGAUGCUGGCGCGUGAAUGGCACGUACGCAGUUUCCAGAGCAAUAGGUGACUUUGAUCAGAAACCAUACGUCUCUAAUGAUGCAGAUUGCUCCUCAGUAAAGCUGAAUGGCAAUGAAGACUACAUCCUUUUGGCUUGUGAUGGUUUCUUCGACGUGAUUCAGCCCAGAGACGUCCCGGGAUUGGUCCUGGAGGCUCUGAGCUCCGGUGAGGAUGUAGCUCAAAGUCUGGUGGCCCAAGCCAAAGCUGCCGGUUCCAGUGAUAACAUCACAGUUUUAGUGGUGUUCCUUAAAGAACCGGAGAAAAUCUUGACCUGCAAUACGAGUUCUGAAUCUGCCGAGGAUUUCAAAAAUGUCUUAAGUUUUAAGUGUUAACUUGCCUUCAUUCACCAAGACAAGUCUGUCUUUUAAAAAGUUGCCUGGUAACAGCUUAUCUCAUUUGCUGGUGCUUAAAUUAUCUUACAGAAUGUUAUACCUUUCAGACAUGUGCAAAAGAAAGGUGACCAAUGCCUGUUACAGGGAAGAUAAUACAGGUCUUAAUAAUCUUUACAGAUGUGGCAACGCAUUUCGGACCACACUGGCAUCUCGAUGAUCUUUCAUAAUAACUGAUCAAUAUCUUAAUAACUUUCCUCUAAUGCUAUUUUAGCAUUUGUGCUAACCCAGUGUUGUAGGUUUAAGACUGUUAUUUAUUUCAUAAAAGUAUUUAUAGCUUAACUGUACUGUGUAAACAAGUUCCUUCACGUGCCAAAACUGUAUGUGGGUGUCUAACUUUGCCAAAACCACUUCUCUUUAGCUACUGCAAAUUUUGAAAAGCAGUUUUUGAAAAGUGCUCCCAUUCGGUAAACCUCAACCGACUAUUUAUUCAUAAACGUGCUUUAGUUUUUACCACAGUGCCUUUUUUGUUAUCAGUGUUAAUACUGGCUUGUGCGUAGUGGGGUGUUAUAUUAUCUUAGCUAGAUAUUCUGCCCAGCGAACCACACGUCCUGCAUGCCGCAAGACUUCUCGUGUUACAGCCGAUUAAUAUUUUGAAAGCCUUGUGACAAGUAGCUGAUAUAGUUGCACAGGGCCCAGAAUAGAGCUAACCUACUGGAUACUGCAUGAGGACGGUGAAGACAGGACCAUGAUAUGUCGAUUUGGUUAAUAAAUGGGUUUGUUGGCUUAGUUUGUCCAUUCUGAGUAAUUGCUUCAACCCUUUAUGUGCCUAUUUAAAGUUUUUCAUGUUGUACAGUAGAGAAAGUCUGAGAUCACAUUGAAAAUCUGUUAGUAAAAGAGGAUUUAUGAUAUUAUGAAAUUCACUUCAAUUGAAUUGUUACACUGGAAAAGAAAAGUGCUGGGUUACUUUAAAGACCCCAUGAAAUCAAAACUGACUCUUCUUAUAUUUUAAUAUAUUGCAGUGUUUAUUAUCAUUCAUGUGCAAACUUCAGUCAAAAUCCCUCUUGUGGUGAUCAUUCUCUCAUGAUGUCAGCUGGACUGGUUGGGUGGGACUAUUCUUUAACUCCGUCCCCUCCAAUUGGCAGUCUGCUGCAAGUUUCAUUUCUGAAUCAAAUGCCUACUUUUCUUUAUCCAAUCAAAGCACAGUGGGGAACACAAGCCACUCCCACUAUUUUCCUCGUAUAUUUCAUUUCACUUGGAAUGCGUCACAACACAGAAGUAAAGUCGUCUUCCAUUUAAAGGGACAUUUCACUUUUUUUAAAAUAUGCAAAUUUUCCAGCUCUCCUAGAUUUAAACAUUUGAUUUCUACCUUUUUGGAAUCCAUUCAGCUGAUCUACGGCUCUGGCGCUACCACUUUUAGCAUAGCUUAGCAUAAUCCAUUGAAUCUGAUUAGCCCAUUA